UCUCUCUCUCUCUCUCUUCACAAACCAUAAUCAUUCAUGCCCCGGAAGGAACCUGUUGCACCACCUUUGAUGAGAGCGUAAGAAUCCAACACCAUUAAUAGGAUGGCAGUCAGCUUUAUAUACUGGGAUGAUUGUGUUGAUCCCCGGGAUAUGGAAGCAAUGUGGAAGACUCCAGAAGUAAGAGCCGAAUGGUUAGAUGCUGGGGAGACUAGAGGACAUAAAGUUCACCUCUCACGCGAUCCUGACGGGCAGCUUUAUUUGACUCAGACAGAGAUGAGGGCUGUGGCUGAUAUUAUUAUCUGCCGGCAUUUUGGUCCACAACUAGAUCCUUCCAUGAUUUGUGCCAUCGCUGAACUUGAGAGCGACAGACAGCCCCUUGCUACACGGUACGACAAGAAAUCCAAGGACACAACACGAGGGAUAAUGCAACUUCUACCAAAAACUGCUGACUGGCUUUAUCGAGAGUUGCACUACCAGUCAUAUGAAGUGGAAGGGAAUUCAGAUCUUCUGUUCAGACCGUUUGUAAAUGUAUAUUUCAGUGCUGCAUAUCUUAAAUGGCUAUCAAACUUUGAUCAGAGAGAAAGAAGUGAAGAAUUUGUAAUCAGGGCAUAUAAGGGUGGCACGAAAAAGGCUACUCACAAAUCGACAAUGCCAUUUUGGCAGCGGUAUCUUUCUGUUAAAGAAAGUUUUCCACCAAGAAAAAUUUCUGAAGAUGGGCUGUCACUGAAUGAUGCUUCUUCUGCAACUGUAUCUCCUGCUCCUUCUGUGUCAUCUUCACAAAACUCAAAUGUUGUUUACACAUGCUGGGAUUCCAGAGCUUCGGCUGAGGACAUGGAAGAGAUGUGGAAUCAUUCUGAAGUUCUUAAGGAGUGGAGCAAAUCUGGAGAGAGAAAGGGAAAAGUCCGCUUCUCCCAUGAUGAAAUGAAGAGACCUUAUCUUUCACUGGUAGAACUGAAGGCAGUCGCUGAAAUCAUACUUUCCAAACACUUCAGUUCAAAGGGAAUCAAACCUACAGUUCUUUGUGCUCUUGCGGAGGUUGUUAGCAUGCGCUUUGUCCAUGGUGUCGGACCACGUGUUGGGAUAAUGGGAAUGGACUAUUCUACAGCUUUCUGGCUUUACAUGGAGUUGGGUUUCAGGGCCUACAAGGUUGAUUCCGUCGAGGACUUAACCAAACCAUUCGUGUCCAUGUACUUCGGCACAGCCUAUUUCAUAUGGCUAUCAGAAUAUGAAGGGAGGGAAAGAACUCCACAGUUUGUAGUCCAGGCUUACAUGGUGGGGCCGAAGGAUGUCAAUUUUCAGGAUGCCGGUCCAAUCUGGCUUAAGUUUGAGGAUGCUUUGAGCUAUUACGGAGACAUAAAGAAGGAUCAAGGGAGCUGCUGUAUCAUGUGACCAACCACAUGCCUUGCUAAAAUUAGUAUCCUGG